UUUUUCUCUGAGACAAGAUUCUAAGAGAUUCUCUUUGAAUCAAUUCCAGAUAGAGGACUAAUCUCCUGAAAAACAGCCCAGAAUGGCCACAUCCCUGGAACCUGAGGAACAAAAAGAACUUCUAAUAGUUAAGGCAGAAGACCAUUACAGGGGACAGGACUCCAUCUCACAAAAGUACAGCCCUCCCAGAAGGGAACUCUUUAGGCAGCACUUCAGGAAGCUCUGCUAUCAGGAUGCACCUGGACCCCGUGAAGCGCUUUCCCAGCUCUGGGAGCUUUGCCGCCAGUGGCUGAGGCCAGAAUGCCACACAAAAGAGCAGAUUUUAGACCUGCUGGUGCUCGAACAGUUCCUGAGCAUUCUCCCUAGGGACCUGCAAGCAUGGGUGCAGGCACACCAUCCAGAGACUGGAGAGGAGGCAGUGACUAUGCUGGAGGAUCUGGAGAGAGAACUUGAACCUCGAAAGCAGGUCCCAACAAAUUCAGAAAGACAGGACACACUUAUGGACAAGUUGGCCCCCUUGAGAAGUCCACAUGAGUCACUGACUAUCCAGCUCUAUCCCAAGAAGACUCAGCAGGAGCAGGAAUCUGGGGAGCCCCAAAGGAAUGGUGAUAAAACCAAGACUAAGAAUGAAGAGUCGUCCCAGAAGGAAGACAUGGAAUUCCUUGGGAAAAUAAACGACAGACUUACCAAAGAUAUUCCUCAGUAUCCUGAACCUAAAGAUGCUAUUGAAAGUGAGGGCAGAUUCAAGUGGCAACAGAGGGAAAGAAGAUGCUAUAAAUGUGAUGACUGUGGAAAAAAUUUCAGUCAUAGCUCAGACCUUAGUAAACACAGGAGAACUCACACUAGAGAGAAGCCCUAUAAAUGUGAUGAAUGUGGGAAAGCCUUCAUUCAACGCUCACAUCUCAUUGGACAUCAUAGAGUACACACUGGAGUGAAACCCUAUAAAUGUAAAGAAUGUGGGAAAGAUUUCAGUGGGCGCACGGGUCUCAUUCAACAUCAGAGAAUCCACACAGGUGAAAAACCCUAUGAAUGUGAUGAGUGUGGGAGGCCCUUCCGUGUAAGUUCAGCCCUUAUUAGACAUCAAAGAAUUCAUACAGCAAAUAAGCUCUACUAAUAUGGUGGAAGUAACAAAAGUUCUUUAGACAUGCAGGCUUAAUUAGUUAUCAGAGAAAUCUACCUUUGAGACCUGGAGUAUCCUGAAUGUAGGCAAAGCUUCAGUCAUUAAAAAUUUCUCUGGCACCAGAGAAUCUACCUGAGUAAAAUUUCCUUGUAUUCCUAAA